AAUCAGCUUACAUCUUUUCCAUAAUAAUAAAAGAUUGGCUACCGCAUUUCUUACCAUGCAAGUGUUAUCGCGUCCUACAGAAGUCAAUAAGGCUUGUAUUGUGUAUAUUGCAUUUAUACUUUUUAUUGAUUGUUACAAAAAAGAUGAAAUUUUUGAUGAAGUAGUACUUUAUUUGAACAUUUACCAUUAGUAUAUUUCAGUACAACAUGGAGACAAUUGGCGGUAGACAAAAGGGAACUUUUAUUUAUGUAUGUGAUGGAUAUACAUAUAACAUUGAUAAGCGGAUAAAUAACACAUAUCGAUGUUCAAGUCGUCGUUCAACAGGAUGUCCUGGUGUUGCAAAAAUAAUUAAUGAGCAAGUUCAUGUGCAAACUCUACAUCAACAUCCACCAGAUACCAAAAAGUUGGAAAAAUCUAAAAUGCAAAAUGAAAUGUUACGUUUAUCACGAGAAUCGCUUCUACCACUAAAGGAAAUUUUUGAUAACGUUUGUCGAACAAAUUUAGAAGUAGCUGCACAUAUAUCGUACAAUUCCAUGAAAAGUGUAAUGGCUCGAGAACGAGCUAAACAACGACCUCCUAUACCACAUACCUUUCAAGCCUUAUCUACUGAUUUAAAUAAAUAUGAUUGGAUUAAAGAUUUUUAUAAAGGAAGUGUAACUGCACAGGAUGGUAGCAUGGCUGCUAUAUUUUCGAGUGAUGUACUUAUUGAUGCCUUAAAGACAACUACAGAAAUGUUUGUCGAUGGGACAUUUUCUAUUGUUCCCCGCAUUCCACGUAUGAUUCAAUUAUAUACUCACAUACGUUAUAAAAAUACAGGUAUUGCAGUUGUCUUCGUAUUAUGCGAGACACGAACAUUUGCCUUUUAUCAGGCAAUAUGGGAAAAAAUAAUUGAAAUCGCUCCAGAUUUGAAAAAAAAUGUCAAAUUUAUAAUGGGAGAUUAUGAACGCGCAACAAAUAAUGCCCUUCAUAAAUGUUUCCCCGAAGCUAGUUUGAAAGGAUGCUGGUUUCAUUACAACCAAGCUGUGUUGCGCAAAUGGCGGCAACUUGAUUUAACAAAUGCUCCAAGAAAAUUAAUAAUGAUGGUUAUGUCUGUACCGUUAAUAUCAGCCACUUUAUUUGAGCAAUGUUUUACUAUAUUACAAGACGUAGCUGAUACUAUGUCUAGUGACUAUCCUACAGUAUUACAAUUUAUGUGCUAUUUACGUAAGACAUGGUUGCCCGCAGCAAACAAAGUAUCUGUGUAUGGAUGUCCUGUUCGCACAAAUAAUAUAGUCGAAAGUUUUCACAACACGAUUUCAAAGAAAUUCAGGAGUAGACAUCCAAAUGUGUGGAUACUUAUUGAAAAUUUGAAAAAAGUAAUUAUAGAUCAAGAAAUUGAUUUCCGUCGCUUACAGAAUAAUCUUCAGGCACGUAGACCUCAAACUCGAGCCAAUAAAAAAAAAAAUAAUAUAAUACUACAGAAACAAAAAGGAACAUAG